AUGGAUAUGAUUCUACAACCUUUGAUGGAGUAUUACAAGCGUCAUUUUUCCAAGCAACCAAUGGUAUUUGAACGGGGAUUGGGUUGGCAAAAUCUUGAGAAUCAGAUUCAAAAUAAUCCAAACCAUUGCAUGAACAUGCUAAGGAUGCAUCCAGAAGCAUUUCAAAACCUAUGCACAACGUUGGAGCAUCGUCACAACUUAAAGAGUACUGAUCAUAUUAGUGUUGAUGAGAUGGUGGCAAUAUUCCUCGUUACGUGUGCCCAAAAUGAUACACAACGGUAUGUUGGGUUGUCUUUUGGUCGUUCCCAGGAGACUAUCUAUCGAAAGUUCCAUGAAGUGUUGGACGCAGUGGAGAGUCUUGCAUGUGAGUACUUAAAAACUCCAACAAUGGCAUCGCUCCAGCUUUAUCCACGUAAGUUACGAGAAAAUUCAAACUAUUGGCCUUUUUUUAGUGGAUUUAUUGGGGCACUAGAUGGAACACAUGUCAGAGUUAAGGUCGGAGGUAGUGAUGCGGUUGGAUAUUGGGAUAGACAUGGACAAACAACCUUGAACAUAAUGGGCAUAUGUGAUAUAAACAUGAUCUUCACGUAUGCAUGGCUAGGUGCAUCUGGUUCUACACAUGAUUCAUUGGUGUUGCAGUAUGCAAUAGAUGGAGACCCUAUAUUCCCUAGACCUCCUAUAGGUAAAUACUAUCUUGUUGAUUCUGGAUAUGCCAAUAAACGAGGAUUUCUAGCCCCAUACAGAGGAAGCAGCAGAGAAAAUAUCAGAUAUCAUCUUUCUGAAUUUGAUGAUGGUCCUCCUAGGAACAAAAAAGAAUUGUUCAACAAAUGGCAUGCAUCACUUCGCUCAGUCAUUGAAAGAACAUUCGGAGUUUGGAAAAAGAAAUGGAGAAUCCUUGACAAUUUGCCUCGUUACGACGUCAAGACCCAAAAUAGGAUUGUGCAUGCUACAAUGGUUCUUCACAAUUUUAUCAGGCUUCACAAAAUUCCAGAUGCUGAUUUUGAAGAUAGAUAUAGCAGUGGUCAAGAAGAACAAAGACGACGAAUCGAAGAAGAAGAGCUUAGUAGACUUGAAGAAGACGAAAUAACAACUGAUGGUCAAUAUAUGAACAACAUAAGAGAUGAGAUUGCAAACAUGAUUUGGAACGAACAUUUGUAA